AUUUUUUAGGUACAUAGAUAAUCUAUUCAGUUUAUUCAUUCUGGGGCUUAUCCCCAAUUUAAAGCCUUAGCCUCAAACCAAGUCACUGGUAACACCAGGGGCCAGAGGAGUCCCGCCUGCUGCCCUUAGCACACACAUAAACAUACUUCGCCCAUGCUGUAAUUGUCACUGGUUGGAAAAGUGGGAUGCAAACAUUUAGGAGCACAACCACAUUGGAGCCAGAAAUCAUGGCCACCACGUGAAGUGAAAUGGGCUAUCAGGCAGCUUAAUACUGUGCAACAUUUUGGGGACCUCCCUAAAACCAGUGGAUCCUAGAGAGCAGUAGAAAUAUCUGUUUUAGAACGUUUCUGUGCUGUCACUGGAAACUGUCCAUAGAGCUGGUUCCUUGUUGUAUUGUGCACAAGAUUUCACAUGGCCAACACUACCCUUUGAGAACGUAAUCCACACAGAAUUAAAGCAUGGGGAUGUGUGUGUGAAAGGGAAUAAAAGUUAUAAAAAGUCCACCAGACUUUUGAAAGGGGCACAAGGGGGAAAACAGUGAUGGUCCUGGCCACUGUAGGCAAAUACUGUAUGAUCGUCACCAAAGCAGAAGGGAAGUGGAGGGCUGAUGGUAAGCAUUCAGCCUGUCUCCAGCCACUGGCCCCAGUGCACAUCAUGCCUCACAUGCCCAACGCUCAACAAGUGCUUGAAGCUCUAUGGACACCACCAGGUAGAGCAUGCUACAGCUGGCUAAAUUACAGCAGCAAACUGACACUAUACGUACAAGAGAGCUGUGUUCACAAACACCAUACUGUAUGCACAUUUACACAGUAUUAUCUAAGAGAUUUUGAAAUCAACUUGGUAAAAAAAAAAAGACGACCACCAACAAAAAAACUCUUAAGCAUUCCAGACACUGGGAGAUACAUGUGAAGGAAACAAGUUUCCUCUUCUGUCCUCUCUCCGUCCUAUCUUGGAAUUUAUAGUCUGUAUUUCACCCCGUUACUGAAAUGUUUGCAGGGUACCUUCUGUGGAAUUGUAGGACAGGCCAUGACUCCCCCUAAGGAUUUAUACUUGCAUAUCAGUUGUGUUACAGAACACUGAAGGAAUCAGAUUCAGAAGGGGGAGGAGGAAGUGAGGCAUAAGAAAGCAAGAGAAAGGAGGUCCUGUGGUCAAAAGAGGUACUGUACUUCCAGGAGUUUGACCUGAGCUGGUAGAGAAUCUGGAAGUGAGGUCUGGCAGCUGAGUGCCUAGUGCACGGCCAGGUGAGGCAACAGCAGUGGAUGCCUGCAGCCCUAGCACCAGCAGGAUCACCUUGGGUGCCACUGCCAAAAUCCAGGGGUGUCAUAGGUUCCCAGGGCAGUAUGAAGACAGGCCAGUCUUCACUUCCGAAGGCCACACCAGCUUUGUGUGCGUGCCUCUCAUAGAGCUGGGCCCAUCACAUGGGCUGUCUGCACUUCCUCAAGCCAAACAUGAUCUAAGAACUUUUUUUAAAGGGACUUGACUUUUACUGAUAAAAGUAUAUCAUAUGAUAAAAAAAUUUUCUGUACAUUGAUGCAGAAAGAAAAGGAAAGAAUAAUUUUCAGGGACUACCACAGUCCCUGAAUACCCUCUCUGGGAGAGAAAUGGCUUUUCACGGCCUCAUCUUUCAGUGCUCCAGGUGCCAUCACUUUUCCCACUAAACAAAAAUAUGCAAGUAGAUCUCCAGAAAUGUAUCUUCCUGAGAAGUUGGAAAACAAUAUUUUGAAACAUUAGCCACCUUCCUCCAGUUCCCCACCCUGAAACAUUGUUUACCUCUCAUGGGAGGUUUUACUGUACUGCUCAUUCUGUACCUCUCCAUACUGGACAUUAAUCUGGGUCACUCCAUCAGUCUCAUGUAGCUCCAUGAGGUUCUUCAAGUCUAUUAAUGUGCAGCCAAAGUCCCCUUCAUACUCUCAAAAGUUAAGCUGGCUGACAAGGAACGUCCUAGUGGGUUAGUCAUUUUGCAUGUGGCCACCAGCCCUUGAAUGAGAGAUAUGGUUUCCCCUCAACUGAUCAGUGUCUCUUGCUGCCUUGUGUGCCCAUCGCUUCUCUGGGGGGCCAGUUAAGAAAUAGAUUGACACUAUCGCAUCAGGGACGCAACUCCAGCUUAGAUCCUUGUGUAGGAAGCCUGGUGCUGAGAGGAAGAUGAGGGGAUUGAGUACAAGACGGACUUUGUGUCACCAUGAUUUGUGUCCCCUGGUGGUGAUGAAAACAGUAAUCCUGGGUUAGAUAGGUUCCUAGUUCAGACUGACUUUCACAGAGGGAAGCGUUGCCUUGGAGGCAACCUUAGCAACAAUCAGCAACUGUGGUGGUAGAGUAGCAGCAGCAGGAGGAGGAGGGUUCCCGGGAUAUCGAUGAUAACCGAACCUAUCUCUAGCAAAGGUCCAGGUUUUCUUCGAACAGGACUCUCCCUCCGAGUUUCCAUGUACUGAGCAAGAUGGAGGACUGUUUCUAAAAAUGCCAAGGGCAAUGUACUCUGAUGAACAAAACAUCACUCAGCCUUCAAACAAUACCUGGGUGUCCCCCACACUGAGAUGGAUGAUGAAACCACAUGACCGGAUGAAAGCGUUCCUCAGCCCCAGGGGCUGCCAGAAGACGGAGCCAUGGUGCCCGCAGAGGUCCGGGUCAUACGGGCGGUGGUAACUGCCUCCUAACCAACCAAGUUUUUCCUCUCCACGCCUCCAGCCCCGGAGGUCCCCCACACCUUCCGCACCUACCGCACCUACCGCUGCUGCAGCCCACGAAUGCCACCCCCAGCAUCCGUCAUCCGCCCGUCUCCACCAGGGGCCUGGAGCUCUACCUGGACCUGCUGUCCCAGCUGCGCUGUGCACCUCUUCGCCCAGAAGAACAGCACCCCUUUCCAGCUGCGCACCCUGGAGCCGCUCAAAGGGCAGCAUUUGAGCAAGGAGUUCUUCCAGGCGAACAGCCUGCAGAAGGUGCCUGACCUCAGACGGGACUUCCUGCUGACUGAAAGCAUGGCCAUCCUCUUCUACCUGUGCCGCAAGUACAGUGCACCUUCUCAUUGGUACCCUCCAGACUUGCACACACGUGCCCGUGUGGAUGAGUUCAUGUCCUGGCACCACAUAGCCAUUCAGCAACCCAUGAGCAAGUUACUCUGGAUCAAGUUGCUGAUCCCAAUGAUCACAGGCGAGGAGGUUCCAGUGGAGAAGACAAACCAAGCACUGGAAGAGGUGAAGAAAAGCGUUCAGUUAUUCGAGGAGAAGUUUCUGCAGGACAGGAUGUUCAUCACAGGGGACCACAUCUCACUGGCUGACUUGGUGGCACUGGUGGAGAUGAUGCAGCCCAUGGGCGGCAAUUAUAAUGUCUUCCUUGGUAGCUCCAGGCUGGCUGAGUGGCGCAUGCGGGUGGAGCUAUUCAUUGGCUCUGGCCUCUUCUGGGAGGCCCAUGACCGGCUGAUGAAGUUAGUAGAUUGGGAUGUUUCCACAUUGGAUCCAAUGGUCAAGGAGAAGAUCUGCAGCUUUAUGGAGAGAUACAAGUGACCUAGGGGCAGCUCAACCUCUACAGUCCAGCUGACUCAGCCCCCUGAGCCUCCUUCUUUAGGGGAGACACUAAAAAACAACUCUGUUCUUUUACCUAAUAAAGAACUGGAACAAC